GAGACAGAUUGCAACCCUCCUGCUAUUCUUUAUGUCAAUCUUCACAAAUAAAGAACACACCAACUACUAUCCGAUCUUAUCAUUUAGUUUGAUUGGUUUCGUUUCAUUUCAAACAUAAUAUUUGUAUAUCAUUAUAUAGAUAUAGAUAUAGAUAUAGGUAGAUAGAGUAAGUAGUAGUAUAAGAAAAAAGGAAAGAUGUGUGGAGGUGCAAUAUUGUCGGAUAUAAUAGCCGGACCGACGACUGCUAAUCGGUUUCGGCGUUUGACUACUGCUGACCUUCUUUGGAACACCGCCGAUGUGUCAAAUAAUAAUUACUGCUUGUCAAAGCGGCCACCACCGCUAAGAGUCGAUGACUUCGAGGCCGAUUUCCAGGGAUUUAAAGAUGACCACGAUGACUUUGAUCUUCUGGUCCGUCCUAAUAACAACCAACAUCUUCCUACAGCUGGGUCAAAAGUUGUAAUAUCUGUUGAUGAUGAUCAUCAUCAUCAAUCUACUGCUGCUGCUUCCAAGAAAAGGAAGAAUCAAUACAGAGGGAUUCGUCAACGCCCAUGGGGCAAGUGGGCUGCUGAAAUACGUGACCCACGAAAAGGGCUCCGUGUCUGGCUCGGAACUUUCAAUACCGCUGAAGAAGCUGCCAGGGCCUAUGACUCCGAGGCCAGAAGGAUUCGCGGCGACAAGGCUAAAGUCAACUUUCCUUGUGACAUUAGUAAUAUUAGUAAAACCGCAUCUGCUUCUGCUAAUAAGGUGAAGAAGCCCAAACACGAGAGACCAACAACACCUACUAAGUUUAAUUACCCUACCGAGAACAUCAUCAUCAAACUUUCUCCUUCACUUGGAUUUGUGCAAGAUAAACCGCAAACUAAUCCAGAUAUGGGCUUGAAGCCAUUUAGCCCCUCUCUAAAUGCGGCUGCUUUUUAUUUGGGAUCUGAUCAGGAGGGUAGCAACUCUUUUGAUUGUUCCGACUUCCCAACCACUCCCGAGAUUACAUCUGUGCUUAAUGAAAUUGAUGAAGCUACCUUUAUGGAAAACGCCGAUCCCUCGAAGAAACUCAAGACAGAGUCUGUAAAUCUGUUGUCAAAUUCCGAGGAUGAUCUCUUCUUUGAGAUGCCAGGCAACUGGGAUGCUUCUUCAGUAGAUGCCUUUCUUAAUGGCGGAGGAGAGGAGGAUGCUGAAACUGUCAUGGAUCUUUGGAGCUUCGACGACCUGAUGAACGGAAAUGGAGCUUUUUAAAAUUAAAACCUUUUGUGUGUGCUUGUAAAUAAGGCGUCUUUACAUGCCUUGACUAGUAGCGUCUGAAUGAGGAGGAUCCUCUAGACCUUGUAAUGUUUUUGUUUGUGUAUGUGUGUCAUAACUGUGAAACAUCUUUUGUUUGUUAUAAACUUGAACUCCAUUUAUAUCUAAUGACAUUUAGAUUUUGGGUUCUCA